UAUUAUAGCAUUUUCCGUGCGCUAUCACCAUUUUGUGGACGUGUGAUCAACAUGCGUUGGUAAAUUGUAUGGAAGAACUUGGGAAAGGAAAGGAAGUGAUGAACCUCCACCGCACAUUCCUCUCUCUCUCUAAUCUCUUGCCGUCGCCACUUCGUCCCAACACCACCCACCAGCAACAAGCUCCAGCAGCAUUCCAAUGGCUUCCACAGCAUGCUCUCGUCCGAACUCUCUCCCUCCACCAAGCCCGCGGCAAAUCCCGCCCCCUCCCCGCGCCCCUCCGUCCCACGCGCCCCGCCGCCGCCGUCCUCCUCCCCGGCCGCCGGCAGAUGGCGCUCCUCCUGGCGGCGUCCACGGCGCUGACCGCGGCGCCGCGGCCCUCGGCGGCGGCGGCGGCGCAGGACAUCCCGCUCUUCGGGCUGCGGAAGAAGCUGAGGAAGGCGGAGGAGGAGGCGGAGGAGAUCGUGAAGGAGGGCUUCGAGGUGGCGGAGAAGGGGAUCGAGGCGGCGGAGAAGGGGAUCGAGAAGGCGGAGAGGGGGAUCGAGACGGCCGAGAGGGAGAUAGAGGCCGCGGUGAGCUUCGGAGGUCUGGCGCAGGCGGGUGCGGUGGCCGCGGCGGAGGUGGUCGGGGUGCUGGUGGCGACGUCGGUGGUGAACGGGAUCUUGGGGCCGGAGGGGCAGAGAUCGUAGAGAAUUCGAGCGACAAUGGGCUUCUAUAUUUUUCAGAUGGUUGCGUUGGACAUUGAUUGAUUUGGUUCCAUUAAGUGUAUGAUAACGUGAAUAAUGGCUUUGAU